AAAUGAGCUGAACGAAUGACUCACGACCACGGUCCUCCUACAUCAGUACUCGGGAUAAGAUGGCCGCUGAGGGAGAGUAUGAGUCGAUCUUGUGCGUUAAACCAGAUGUCAACGUUUACCGCAUCCCGCCUCGUGCUUCGAACCGCGCGUACAGGGCAGCUGACUGGAAACUAGACUCUCCGGACUGGUCUGGUCGUAUGAGAAUAACAGCCAAAGGCAAAGUAGCAUACAUCAAACUAGAAGACAAAAUCUCAGGGGAACUGUUUGCCCAGGCACCUGUGAAGGAGUAUCCUGGUGUUGCAAUGGAAACUGUCAGUGAUUCCAGCAGAUACUUUGUUCUGAGGAUACAGGAUGACAACGGCCGCAGUGCUUUCAUAGGAGUUGGCUUUGGGGACCGAGGAGACGCCUUUGAUUUCAAUGUGGCUCUGCAGGAUCAUUUCAAGUGGGUGAAACAGGAGAGUGAAAUCAGUAAAAGCAAUCAGCUGGGGGAUUCGGCACCAAAGCUGGAUUUGGGCUUUAAGGAGGGACAGACCAUCAGACUGAAUAUAGGACAGGGUAAAAGGAGGGAUAAGCCCCGUCCACAAGGCUCAGCAGGAGUUGGACUUCUUCCACCACCACCUGGAGGGAAGAUAGCUCCGCCUCCUUCUUCAGGCUCAUCUAAUCACAACAUAGUUCCCCAGACAGCUGGCACAGGCUGCCUGUUGGAGUUGGACAGCAGUAACUCCAACACAGUGGUUCAGUCAAAUCAGACUUCAGAUCUACAUUUGGGAGACUUUUCAGCUCCAGCAAGUUCUGUUACUCCUCCAUCAACGACUCAAAACGCCACAAACUGGAUCCAGUUUUGAGCCGUCACUGCUUACAUCAGAUGUGAUGUUUCAUCUCGCCUGCAUUUGUGUCUAUGGCUUCCUGUGAACCACACUGAGAGCAAAUCCCACGCACUCACCCUCCUCAAAGCAGAUAUGACAGACACUGUCAUUCUGUUAAAUUAUUUCACUGACAAAACAACUUGUAUUCUCUGUCAUAACCUGCUGACAGUAAAUGAAGCAUUAAUGAGUUAAAGCCAUGAUAUGAAAUGAGCCAUCUGCCACACUAUAUAAGGGCUAUGUCCUUCAUGUGUCUGCAUCAGUUCGCCUGUAGGAGUCUCUCUGAGCAGAGAUGCCUUUUGGGCUGAGAUGUAUUUACAUUUUAUCUGUGUGACAGCUCCCUCUGCUGGCACCAAAGAGUACUAAAUGUCUAAAAAAGAGAGCACUUUUGAAAACCUGGUGAGAACAACAUGCAAAGAGUAAAAUAGACUGAGAGAUGGAGAAAGAUACUAAUUUAAAGUGAAAGAUCAGAAUAUGUCUAUAAUACAUCAGGAUUUAGCUCUUAAAUCUAUUUUUUUUAAAUUACUGUUUUAAAAGAAAUAGAACAGUAUGGAAAAACAUUUGAGAUAAUUAGACAUAACCCCUCAAACCUGGUGUAGCUAUCCUUUUGGCUGGAAUUAUUUAAUUGGUUAAAAACCUCUUCAUAUAAAUCUAAAUGCAGUCAUAAGUGUUAAAAACUGUUUUUGAAUGUGAAUGUCAGCAUACAAACUGUUGCUGUUUUACUUUGUCCUAUUAGUCACCACGUGAAUUAAAAGUAUGAUACAGAGUUCAUAGAGCUCAUUUAAAGUUGUUGGUUUAUUACUGAGAAGGUAUGGUAUCUCAUGCAUGGGUGCAUGAGAUAUUUCUCGGGGUAUACAGAGUCCACAAAUUAAUGGUUAUAGUGUAAAAUUCUAUAUUUAUUACAGAGGACUUUGUCUACUAGAACAAGAAUGGUGGUUGCAAAUACUGUUCUCCAUGUUUUUUUUUUCAUCCUUACUCUGUAUUUUGAAGAAGCACAAAGGUUAAAGGGAAAAUAAAAUAACCUUAUGUGAAUCUGGUGCUCAAACAGAAUGAAAUGCUUAAAUAUUUGAAAAAUAUCCAAAUAUCAAAACAGCAUCUGUUCAAAGUAAUAUGGACACUAUUUGAGCUGAAAAAAAGAACAACCCUGUGUAGUAAAGACGAACAGGAUCAGAAACUCCUCUUUUCCUCUAAGAAACUCAACCUGUCUAUAAUAACUUCUCCUUUACAAUAUUAUAGGGAUGCUUUUCUGUGACGGUUAUCAAAUCAUAGCUCUGCUUUUGAAAUUUACUGCUUUCCAUGUGAUUACUGUCGCUGAGUCAUAAAGUUUCGUUUGAAGUAAGCAGUGCUGCUGGACCUUUUUAAACAUUGCUUUGGCUUUGACCAAUUCUAAUUUAAAAGAGAAAUGGGACUGAAAGUAAAAUGUUUGGUUCAAAUCCAAGACUGAGGUUUUGUCUGAGUGGACUAAUAUUGUGCUAUACAAUAAAAUAAAUAAUUUCUCCACAGGUAGACUUGUAAACAUAUUUAAUGCCUUUCAGUAUGUAGGAAGUUAUAAAGACAUUUUUACAGUGAAAUAUCUUGAAAAUUACAGUUUAUUUAAGCAAACUGCUCUUUGGUAAAACAUCUUGACUGAUAAUCAAGAAAUCCUUGACUUUCCUGAAGGUGUUUUGUUUCAGGUAAAACUGUUGCCUGUUAACUCAGGAUGGAAUGAGCUGGUCUGGUCUGUAAAAUUAAACAUUUUUCAGUCAGGGUCCUAAAACUCACCAGAUGUGUUAACAUUUCCUGGAAUUAACCAAAUUGUUUGCUGUUGGAAAUUCGAAAGCAGCAAUCUGAGCACUGAAGGAAAAACUAAAUGAUUGUGUUGCUUCAUUCUGAAUGUGUUAAGGCAGCAAAUUAAAUGUCAAUCUUUUUGCUAAAAAAUCUGAUUAUGAAUUUAUUUAUUUGUUGUUAUUGACUGUGAAUAAAAACUGUCUGCAUAGAUGUUUAAGAUGUUCUGUGAUCAGAUCACAUAACUGGCAGUAAGAUAAAAGACUGACUGGUUAUGUUGUCGUGUGUGUUAUGUUUACAUUACUUAUAUUGCCAGAUAAAAUAUCAUGUCCUUCAUUUAUUGCUUCUUCCAUUCUCAUUGUAAAUUCACUGGACUAACUUGAUUUAUGAGCAAUUUAAUGAGAGAGAGCCAAUAAAACGUUUCAAAGAA